ACCAUCCUUCGUGUUCACCUGAAGCUCAGAAAAAUUUCGCUUUUCGAGCACUUGGGUUUCUGUGUUUCUGCUUUCUUGCUGACAGUAAUCUCAAAAGGGGUUUUUUUUUUUUGGCAUCUUUAAUGCAAUUUGAAGUUUGAAGGGAAGACGAAGGGCGAAUAGUAAACUCGUUUACUUGCAUUCGUUCACGUAAAUCUCUUUCAUGAUUGAAAAGGUUUUCUUUGGUCAAAUAUUCUGCUGAUAACCAGAUCAGAAAGAUUCUCCUCUCCAUGGUUUUUGGUUUCUCUCGUGGAGUAAACAGGAGGUACGCGAGGCCCUUCUUCUUCUUCUUCUUCUUCCUCCUCCUCACCCGAAAUCCCGUGUCCUUUGAUGGGAAUUUUGUUUCUAUAUGCCUUCUCGCCGCAUCUGCAUUUCGAGCCGGGGGUAUGAGUUUCUUCAAUAUUCAACACUUUGGCGAAUGUGAAACUGAAUCAUAUUCAAGAGCAGAAGCUUGAGAGGAAGAGUUCUGUUUGACCCUGUUUUUUAAGUGCAACAUAUAGAGGUGACUUUUCCACGGUUGAGUGGUCGUGAUGGGUUGGAAUAUGGAGAGAUUGAAAAGGGUGUUCUUGGCCAUUAACUGUGUUGUGGCUGCUCUUCUGGUUCAUCAGUCUCUGGGGCUUAAUGAAGAAGGUCAAUACCUUUUAGAAAUAAAGCAGAGCUUCAUUGAUCAAUUCAAUCGUCUCGCUAGCUGGAAUGCCAAUGACACAGCGCCCUGUGGAUGGAAUGGUGUGAAUUGCACGUAUAGUUACGACGAUCCAGUCGUGUACUCUCUCAGCUUGAGCUCGAUGAAUCUCUCCGGAUCUUUAUCUCCUUGUAUUGGCAAACUGGUGGGCUUGACCUAUCUUGAUCUAUCUUUCAAUAUGUUGUCCGGCGAUUUACCUAAAGAAAUAGGCGACUGUUCGGGUCUUGAGGUCAUCAAAUUGAACAAUAAUCAGUUUGAAGGCGACAUACCAGCGGAAUUGUGCAGGCUGCGGAGUCUGACAUCCUUGAACAUCUGCAACAACAAGAUUUCCGGGCCUUUUCCUGAGGGACUCGGAAACCUUUCCUCGCUGUCCGAACUGGUGGCGUACUCAAACAACAUCACAGGGUCACUGCCGCGUACUCUUGGGAAUCUGAAGAGCCUGGGGACCUUCCGCGCCGGACAGAAUUUGAUUUCAGGAAGUUUGCCUUCAGAAUUGGGCGGAUGCAACAGCCUACAGGUUCUCGGUCUUGCGCAGAACAAGUUAACCGGAAACAUUCCAAUGGAACUCGGAAUGCUCCAGAGCUUGACCGACUUGAUUCUCUGGGACAACCAGCUUUCCGGGGUGGUGCCUAAAGAGCUCGGAAACUGUACAAGUUUAGUGACUCUUGCCCUUUAUGAGAACAAUCUUGUGGGCGGAAUACCGAGAGAGCUUGGCAACCUGAUGUUUCUGAAGAAGCUGUAUGUCUACUGGAAUCAGUUAAACGGGACGAUACCUAGAGAAAUUGGCAACCUUUCUUUAGCUACAGAAAUAGAUUUCUCGGAGAAUCUCCUGACGGGGGAGAUACCGGUCGAGUUUGGGCGUAUAUCGGGCCUGGAAUUGCUUUACCUUUUCCAGAACCAGCUAAUAGGUGACAUCCCCAUCGAGCUUGCUGGCUUGAAGAACCUAACAAAGCUCGAUCUGUCCAUCAACAAUCUUACCGGUCCCAUCCCUUUGGGGUUUCAGUAUCUGACAGAGCUUUGCAUGUUGCAGCUCUUCCACAACUCGCUGAGCGGCAUCAUUCCUCCGGGGCUUGGCGUUUAUAGCAAACUCUGGGUGGUUGACUUAUCGGAGAACUUGCUAACUGGGAAAAUUCCACGGCAUCUGUGCAUGAAUUCCAAUCUGAUUUUGCUGAAUUUGGGGUCGAACAUGCUCACAGGGAAUAUUCCUAGGGGUAUCUCGACCUGCAAGUCCCUCGUGCAGCUUCGGCUCUUCGGAAAUAACUUCCAGGGCACUCUUCCACCAGAUUUGUGCAACCUGGUGAACCUUUCUACUAUCGAAUUGGAUCAGAAUAAGUUCAGCGGUUCCAUACCUCCACAAAUUGGCGAAUGCAGAACACUGCAAAGGCUCCUCCUUUCCAAUAAUUGCUUUGUGUCUGAGUUGCCCAGAGAGAUUGGUAAUCUCUCUCAAUUGGUGUCUUUCAACGUCUCCUCAAACUCGCUUACUGGGCAGAUUCCGCCCGAGAUCUUCAUGUGCCGGAGGCUUCAAAGGCUCGAUCUGAGCCGUAACGAUUUCAUGGGUGCUUUGCCGAGUGAGGUUGGAAACCUUUCCCAAUUGGAGCUUCUCAAGCUUUCCGACAACAGGUUCUCAGGCACCAUACCCGUUGUGCUUGGGGACCUGACCCGAUUGACCGAGCUAGAGAUGGGGGGGAAUUUGUUCUCUGGGGUUAUACCAGCUGAGCUUGGAGCGCUCUCAAGCUUGCAGAUUUGCCUGAAUCUGAGCUACAACAACCUAUCUGGGGAAAUCCCGCCUGAGCUUGGGAAUCUUGUUCUCCUGGAGUAUCUCCUGCUCAAUAAUAACUGCUUGACUGAUUCAAUCCCCGGCUCCUUUCGGAAUCUCUCAAGCUUACAAGGCUGCAACUUCUCAUACAAUGUCUUAUCCGGGCCUUUGCCUUCUUUGCCGCUGCUCACUAACAUGCCCGUGAGUAGCUUUCUUGGGAACGAAGGGCUGUGCGGCGGACCCCUCGGUAAUUGCAGCGCCUCUACGUCUUCGCCUUCUUUACGCCCAAAGACAAACAGCCGAUGUUCAAAAUUAGCUAAAGUUGUCGCCAUAGUAGCAGCUGCGAUUGGUGGGGUUUCUUUCAUUUUAAUUCUAGUUGUCCUGUAUUUCUUGAGAAGGCCAGUUGAGACCGUAGCACCUUUGCAAGAAAAACCGGGUUCUUCGCCGGUCUCCGACGUUUACUUCUCCCCAAAGGAAGGUUUCACUUUUAAUGACUUGGUCAUGGCAACUGAUAACUUCAGCGACAGCUUCGUCAUUGGGAGGGGAGCUUGUGGGACGGUGUAUAGAGCGGUGUUGCCGACCGGCGAUACCAUUGCUGUCAAGAAGUUAGCGUCCCACAGAGAGGGAAACACCGUGGACAACAGCUUCCGUGCGGAAAUACUGACUCUUGGGAAGAUCAGGCACCGGAAUAUCGUGAAGCUAUACGGCUUCUGUUAUCAUCAGGGCUCGAAUCUCCUCCUUUACGAGUACAUGGCCAGGGGGAGCUUAGGGGAAUCGCUGCACAGGUCUGCCUGCAAUCUCGACUGGCCAAGGCGUUUCUUUAUUGCUCUGGGAGCCGCAGAGGGGCUCGCGUACCUGCACCACGACUGUGUGCCUCGGAUUUUCCACCGGGACAUUAAAUCAAACAACAUCCUGUUAGACGAUAAGUUCGAAGCCCAUGUAGGAGAUUUUGGAUUGGCCAAGGUUAUUGACAUGCCGCAAUCCAAAUCGAUGUCGGCAGUGGCGGGCUCUUAUGGCUACAUCGCCCCUGAGUAUGCAUAUACCAUGAAAGUUUCCGAGAAGUGUGACAUCUAUAGCUAUGGAGUUGUCUUGCUGGAGCUGCUGACGGGAAGGACACCAGUGCAGCCCCUGGAGCAAGGCGGCGACCUCGUGACUUGGGUGCGAAAUUACAUCCAGGACCACUCGUUAUCUCCCGGAGUGCUUGAUGGGCGAGUGGACUUACAGGACGAGAGCACCAUAUCUCACAUGAUCACAGUCUUGAAGAUCGCUCUCCGUUGCACGAGCAUGUCCCCAUCGGAACGACCGACAAUGCGGGAAGUCGUCGCGAAGCUCAUCGACUCUGGUGAGAGGGAAGGGAAGCUUUACUGUUACCCUAGUGAUGACAUGGAAUGACUCAGGUUAUAGUAGGAUGAUCUUUUGGUAUUUGAUUGAUCCUUAUUUUAUCUUGUUAGAGAUAGAAAUUACUGCUUGUACAUUCCUGAACGCUGAACUUUAGAGUUCUCUGUUUCUUACUUAUACCAAAACCUGCAGUUGACAUACUAGAAAGGAUUGAAAUGAGGAGGCACUUG